AAACAACAUGUAUACCCAGAACAGAGAAACGCCCACUUGGUGUGCCGCAAGAAACGCCAAGACAACACCUGCUCAUUAAUUACAACAGAUCUCCUCGCAGCUCUUCCGUUCAAACAUACCGCGAAGAUCCUGCCAGUGCCUGAUAGAGUGAUUCGAUAGCUGUCACUUAAUUCUGGAUUUAACUUUCACGCACCACGAGCACGAUUAAUUGACAUGUAUCUGUACUUUGAUAUCUAGCGCGCAGCUGCGGAAUGACAGAUGUGGAGGCAGGUUGCUCUCUGGGUGUAUUCAUUUGGGUGUGACAAAAUAUUGCCGCAAGUCCUUGACCGUAACAUGUGUAAUGUAAUUUAAAAACGGAGGAUCACCCUGCAGUCGCGUGCAACUUUUUUUUCCGCCGUUGCACUGCGAACACAGCUGUUACAUUUUCGGACAUCAUUUGUCUCUUCCUUGUUCCGAGUGGGAAUUAACUUAAAAAUGUAUUGCCCGAUGGACAGCAAGUCGACAUAAAACCGAAAAAUUAGUACCGAUUUCUUGUUGAGCUCAUUGAUCCGGUCUUUCGAGGAUGAUCAGUUGUAUCGGUUGCUUUUGGGUGCUCCUCUCCUCGGCUCUCGUGGCGAUUUGCAGCUACAGUUUCGCCACUCCGGCAUGGAUUGUGAAGGACCCCUUACGAAACGAAGCCACCGUGAGCUUCGGGCUGCUGUGGCACUGCUCGGAGUCCACGGAUCAUAUGUACAGCUGUUACUCGUUUGCGGGGCUUGGGAAAUUUGCUGAAAUUCCCUCCGUCUCCUGGCAGGCCAGUGUGGUCCUGUGCUGUGGGGGCUGUGUUCUCCUGGCUGUCAGCUCCAUGUUGGCCUUCAUCACGGUCUUCCUCCCCAGUGGAGCCUGUGAGCGGAGGGCUUGUGUCCUGGCGGGCUACGUGCAGAUGGUGUCAGUGUUCAUCAUGGGGUCCGGCCUGCUGGUGUAUCCCUUUGGCCUGAGCUCCGCCCUGGUGAAGUCGUUUUGCGGGAGCUCGGACGUCUACUCUGCGGGGGAGUGCCAGAUCGGCUGGGGCUACAUGCUGGCUAUUGUCGGGGUCAUGCUCACCAUCUUCCUGCCCUUCUUCGCGAAGUACGCGCCAAAGGAUCACAUGUCUCCAACGCCUCUGCCCACCAUUUUAUAGUGAGAGAACAUCCCCUGCCCCUUUCCGUGUUACUGACGGCAAUGGAACUCCAGCCUGCACGUGAUUGGCUGAAAAGAAAUGACGACCGCCAAUAGGACCCAAAGCAUUCGUCUUCCUCCACACUGUCCAAUAAGCCACUUCACAGAUGAUUCAUUAUUUCAUGAAACUUUCACUGUUAUUUUCUACAUAAUGGAAAGAAGCAACCUUUAUUCAUGGUUUAUUUCAGUAUUGCAUAAUAGAAAAAGAACUUCAUCGGAUCAUUUUUCUGUUUUUGUGCCCCUGUUUUUGUAUUCUCAUCUGUGUGUGAUGAAAUAUAUACAACAUUUUCUGCAAGCAUCCAGCUUUAAACAUUGGUGUGUAUUGCGUGUAACAGACAGUAUGGUUACAUUUUUUACAUUUCAAUGUUAAACUCAAAUUAAUUUUUAAUGUUGCCUACUGUGACAAAUGACCAUCACUGUAGGGGUAGCUGUCACCCUACAAAACAAUUGCU